UCAACGUGCACGCAUACGUUACGUCGAUGUCGGGAUUCAGUCCUCCAAGGACUUCAACUAUCAAAAUUGGUAAAUAUCAACAUCGUGCUACCACCACCACAGCGAUCACUGCUACUAAACCGGGUGGUUGUGAUUUAUACGCUGCAAAACAGUUCUUGACGACUAAAUCAGUUGGUCAAGAGGUUGACGAACUGCGACCAAGACCGAUCUAUGAUGUAUUUUUAGGUGGCAGCUGUGGCAACACUGUAUGGCGACGAGACUUGGUUAUACCAUACUUGGAAAAACGAGCCAUCAGCUAUUACGAUCCUCAGCGAAGCGUUUGGAAUGAACAUAUGAUCAACGAAGAAAGCGUUGCGAAAGAGAAUUCAAAUGUGUUCCUGUUUGUGCUUGAUCCAGCAACUGUCAAUGCUACAUCCUUUCUGGAAAUCGCCCAUUUUGCUGCUCGGAAAGCACCCAAGCUGGUGGUUGUUUUCUUGCGGCAAUCGGAAUGGAAGGAACGAGCACACCCGGAGGAUUUACCCGACAGGCAGCGUACAUGUGAUCUUCUGGAUGAUAUACUAACAAUGCAUGAUGUUCCCGUCUUAAAGACUAUUCAGGAUGCUCUUCGUUACAUUGAUGAAAUUAUAAUUGGGGAAAAGAGCUGGUCCGAAGCAAUGUCUAAUCCGUUUCAAAGGCUUCCAUAUAUGCUUCUACGAGGGAAGCGUACAUGUCGGCAAUCAGUAAAUCACAUACGAAAUGCUUUACAAAAUGUUAAAAAUGGUGUACUAAAGUGGAGGGGCUGCAAGUUUCUCUUACUAGGUUUGUUUGAAAUUUUAUUAUUAUUGGCGGUGUAUUUCUUCCUGCGUACGCUACCACCUAUUCUCCUACUGAUACCAUUUCUAGCAUUUGAUGUUUUCGUGGCACUUUUCUCAGCUAUUUACUAUUGCUAUAAAAUAAAUGCAGCUGCACGACGCCGUGCUAAAUUAGUGAAUGCAGUAUCACUACCAAUACCCGGUCAUGCCGUUGUGCCUUACAAUGUCGUUGCUCAGCAAGUUCCGCUCAAUUAUUGUUAUCAGUCGAUGAAUCGCAGUGUGCAUGCAACAACAACCUCACUUUCUUCACGUUUAUUGAAAAAGCGGUCGUAUGAUAGCAGCAGCAGUGUUGCAAAUCCACUGAGAUGGAUGGAUGCGAAUGGAUACGAUAUUUUUCUUGGAUGCAGUUCGAGGAAUCGUAUUGAUCUUUCCUGGAUUAAUCAUCGUGCUACACCGCAGCUACAUAGAAAAGGACUAUCGUUUUGUUCGGAGUUAAUGGUGGAAAGGCAUAGACGAUUGAAUACUUUGCAUAUGACAAGACACAUACUUUAUCAUAUACCAUCUUGUGAGACCAUGCUAUCAGGCAUGGUUGAGGUAGCCUAUUUUCUUGGUCAUCCGACGAUGGAAUUGACGAUUUGUGUGCCAAAGCGUGCUAAAAUGCUUGAUUGUACACCAAACGAUGAUGAUGAAAUAAGGAAAUAUAUUGAAAGGCGUAAUGAAUCAUAUCGUAUGGCAUUUUGCUAUCUCAGGGAUAUGGCUGAGAGAAAACAUUGUGAAAUAUUCUCCGAUUUGGAUGAUGCUCUCCAGUAUGUUAUUUCUUGCUCAAAAAAAUGAU